GUAUUAAUUCGAUAUACGUUUCCGUCAAAAUCCUGAAACAAGCAGCCGGUGCUUUUUCCGGAUCUUUGUAAUAAUAUGUUUGGCGCGACAACAAAUUUCGGCUCAGCAGGAUUUGGAGGUUCCCAAGUGAAUUAUAAUCCAAUGAAGGACAUUGAAUGCGUUAAUCCGCCAAAUGAUUCCAUAUCAUCGAUUGCUUUCAGCCCUGCUACAAUUCCUAAGAUUUACCUAAUCUCGGGUUCUUGGGAUAACAAGGUAUUUUUACAUUUUUGUCCGAAGAUUGAAAGAUGUAAAGGCUUUAUUACUUCGCCCAAAAAAAAUUAACAGUAUUUUUUUCCAUUUUGUAAUUGAGAGAAAAUAUUAUUGAAUGACAAAAUGUAACGUGAAUAUAAUACUAAAGCAUAUAUGAAAAAUGCACGUAAUUUCCAAUUUUGGCAACAACAGAUAAGAUGCUGGGAAGUUCAACAAUCUGGUCAAACAACAGGCAUGGCUGAAGAAUCCCAUCAAAAGCCUGUUUUGGACGUAUGCUGGAGUGAUGAUGGAACAAAAGUGUUUUCUGGAAGCUGUGAUAAAACAGCCAAAAUGUGGGACUUGAAUAGCAAUCAAACGAUACAAGUAGCUCAGCACGAUGCUCCUGUUAAGCACGUUCGAUGGGUAAAAGCUCCUAAUUAUUCGUGCCUGAUGACCGCGUCUUGGGAUAAAACACUCAAAUUUUGGGACACAAGGUCACCUAAUCCUAUGUUAAGUAUUCAAUUACCUGAGAGAAGUUAUUGCGCUGACGUUAUGUAUCCCAUGGCUGUGGUUGGAACAGCGGCUCGACAAGUAAUUAUCUAUCAAUUGGAAAACCAACCAUCAGAAUUUAAGAGAAUUGAAUCACCGUUAAAAUAUCAAAGCCGUUGUGUUAGAAUAUUUAAGGAUAAGAAAACAAACCAACCAACUGGAUUUGCAUUAGGAAGCAUUGAAGGACGUGUUGCAAUUCAGUACAUCAACCCUACGAAUCCAAAGGAUAAUUUUACUUUUAAAUGUCAUCGUAGUAACGGGGCAACAAACCAAGGUUCUCAAGAUAUUUUUGCAGUAAAUAACAUUGAUUUUCAUCCGGAACAUAAUACACUAGCUACUGUAGGAUCAGAUGGUAAAUUUAGCUUUUGGGACAAAGAUGCUCGAACAAAAUUAAAAACUUCGGAAGCUAUGGACCAGCCAAUAUCAUGCUGCGCUUUUAAUGGACAAGGGAAUAUUUUUGCUUAUGCAAGUAGCUAUGACUGGUCAAAGGGUCACGAAGGUUAUGAUCCAAACAAGAUGAAACCUCAUAUAUUCCUCAGGGCAUGCUACGAUGAAUUAAAACCCAGCCAACCUAAAAAAUAACUUGAUCGUAACGUCUGCAACACUAUCAAACUUGUAUAAAAAAAAGAUAUUUUUAUUGAUAAGAAACAAACUAUAUUCGAUAUAAUAUAUAUUGCAUAUGAACUCAUUUUUAUAACUGUUUGCACAUAUUUUGUUUUUGUCAAAAUGAGUUUUUAAAACAAAACACUCUUUCAAGUGAUAUAUAUACUUAAAGAUACUACUUCAGUUCUCUUUUUUGUCCUAAAUUUAAAAAGCACAACUAACUUCAACCUUGCAAUCUGAUUUAUUCAUUAUCUCAUCGUAUUGUAAAGAAACUAAGUCUGGAUCAGUUUAAUUAAUAUAAAUAUCACGUUCAACAAAUAUAGAUGUUAUAUUAAAUUUAAUAAUAAAGAUUGAAUUGAAGUUCCUUACGCACAAA